GGCCCAGAUCUUCCAGUGCGUGGGCCUGUCCUCCGAGAUCGUGGACCUGGCCUUCCGGGGCACGCCGACCAUGGUGCAGGGCCUGACGAUGAAGGACCUCGCCCAGGAGUCGAUGAUGUUCCAGAGGAAGGCCUUCCCUGAACUGGAAGACGGCGGCGAGAUGCAGGAUAAGCUGGAAUUUAACGGGUGGUACAAGUACCGCAAGAACGGCGGCGAGUAUCACUACAACAACCCAGAGAUGUCGAAGGCGCUCCACCAGGCCGUGCGCAACAACGAGCCGCUGAGCUACGAGGAGUACCGCCGCCAGAUGAUGGACGGGAAGCCCAUCUCGACGCUCAGGGACCUGCUCGAGUUCCACUCGGACAAGCAGCCUAUCCCCCUGGACGAGUCCUUGUGCCCAUACUGCCACGCUCUUCUGGACGGUCCUUUCAGACGUAUCUGGGGGGACACGGAUUUCCGCAGCCGGGUUACCGUUGAUUUGGUCCCUUUUGGCAAUGCCAUGGUGGUUCCGGGGGACAAGAUCAGCCAGGGUUAUCAUUUCUUCCACCCAGAUGCGACAUACCCAGUUAUCAUUUGCCAGCACAAGGAGGGCGAGUGUUUGGGUAACGAGAUCCAGUCGUGCGUCAAUGACAUGCACGGCGUCGACACUGGGGUGGAGUUCACGCUGUGCAUGGUCGGCAAGCAAGUGAAGGGCCAGGGCGUCGAGAUGGCCUCGUACGACUGCAUGCUGGACCUGAAGAUCGAGCCCGCCCCCGUCAAGAACUGCGUGGGCAGCGACAGCAGCCGCAACAGGAUGAUCAGCCACGGGGAGCGCUCGAUGAAGCCCCAGCUGAACCGGUCCUACGUGCCCUGGGUCAUGGCCGACGACGCGCACGUGGAGAUGGACGACGACCACGACCUCAUCACGCCCCUCUGCGGCAUGCUGGCGGAGCCCCUCCCGAAGCUCUGCAGCGAGCCGAAGCCGGCGAAGCCGGCGAACGCGUCCUCGCUGCUGCAGCGCGGGCCGCCGCAGCGCUCCCCCGCGCCCCGCGCGCCCCUGUCGCCGUGAGUGCGGCGCCGUGCGGGCGGCGGCGGGUCAACACGGCCGCGCUGGCCCCGCGGGGGCGAUCCGCGAUCCGGCAGGCGUGGGGCGCGCGGCGCGUUCCUGCAGCGGCAGGAGCUGGAGUGUUCUCCCAGCGUGUUCGCGAG